UUGACAGGCGGAAAUGACGCCGUUUUCACGUUAGCACUUCGGCUAAGCUAGUCAGCCACGGCAGGUCCAUGUCCCUGCACUCACUGCGAGUGGAAGUGGUGAAGCGCGUGUCCGGCGGCCUCCCGGGGUCCAACCGUGCGUUCGGCGGCAGACGAGCUGCUCCGGCCGGUGCCGGUGCCGGUGCCGGUGCCGGUGUCUGGGUCAGAACAGGCACAAACACGCAGAUGCCGAAGAAGGAGAAAACGGUGAAGGCGGCGGCGGCUGAGCGGCCUGGAGCGGCCCAGACUGGAGCCUCUGGCCCGGUGUCUCGUGACAAAGGCGGCUGUGUGACCGUGACAGUGCGCGCCAAGCCCGGUUCCAGGCACAGCGCCAUCACAGACGUGUCCGCGGAGGCCGUGGGCGUCGCGAUCGCAGCGCCUCCUGCUGACGGAGAGGCCAAUGCGGAGCUCGUCCGGUACUUGGCCGAAGUCCUGGAGCUGAAGCGGAGCCGCGUAUCUCUGGACAAGGGCUCCAGGUCCAGAGAUAAGCUCAUCAGAGUGGACUCGUGCCUCAGUCCAGAGGAGGUUCUGAGUCGCCUCAGACAGGCGGCAGACGGGCCGGGUUAGUAGUGGGUCAUUCAUUUAGCCUAAUGUGCCUAUUAGCCGGACCGGCACCACGGGUGAGAGAGAGAGAAGAAAUGGACUAGAUGUGUUUUCUGAGCAAAUCCCUGUUCAAACAGACGCAUGAUGACCUGGAAUCAAACAGAAUCCAGUGUUUGUGCCAAUAAAACAUCAGUCGCGUCAGAUGGCGCAUCACAGGUUAA